CCAUUCACCAGCAGCAGCACCUGUUCAAGCUUCUCCCGGUCGAUUAAUAGCUACCAUAGCCAUCGUCCUCCAAGCAUAGAGUCAAGGAAGCAGAAAGCCAUUUGAUAGACUUCUGUGGAGAUGGCUUCGAGGGUUCUGAUGGUGGCGCUGCUGCUGGCGGCGGUGGCGGUGUCGUGUACCAAGGCGCAGCUAAAGGAGAAGUUCUACAGCGAGACGUGCCCCAGCGUGGAGGACGUCGUCCGGAAGGAGAUGGCGAAGGCGCUCUCCGCCGCGCCCAGCCUAGCCGGCCCGCUCCUCAGGAUGCACUUCCACGACUGCUUUGUCAGGGGUUGCGACGGCUCGGUAUUGCUGGACUCCGCCAACAAGACGGCGGAGAAGGACGCGAAGCCCAACCAGACGCUGCGCGGCUUCGACUUCGUGGAGAGGGUGAAGGCCGCCGUGGAGAAGGCUUGCCCUGACACCGUCUCCUGCGCGGACGUGCUCGCCCUCAUGGCCAGGGACGCGGUCUGGUUGAGCAAAGGGCCAUUCUGGGAAGUUCCUCUGGGCCGUCGUGAUGGCAGCGUGUCCAUCUCCAACGAGACCAACCAGCUGCCUCCCCCGACAGCCAACUUCACCGUGCUCACCCAGCUCUUCGCCGCCAAGAACCUUGACACGAAGGACCUCGUCGUCCUCUCCGCCGGUCACACGAUCGGGACAUCCCACUGCUUUUCCUUCUCCGACCGUCUCUACAACUUCACCGGCAGGGUCAACCCCAGUGACAUCGACCCCACGCUGGAGCCGCAGUACAUGGCGCGGCUGAAGAACAAGUGCGCCAGCCUCAACGACAACACCACGCUCGUGGAGAUGGACCCCGGGAGCUUCAGGACCUUCGACCUUGACUAUUUCAAGAACGUCGUGAAGCGUAGGGGACUCUUCCACUCUGAUGGCGCACUGCUUACCAACUCAUUCACCCGUGCCUACGUCCAGCGCCACGCUGGUGGUGGCUACAAGGAGGAGUUCUUCGCCGACUUCGCCGCCUCCAUGAUCAAGAUGGGAAACGCCGACGUGCUCACCGGCAGCCAGGGCGAGAUCAGGAAGAAGUGCUCCGUGGUUAACCAUUGAUUGACCGAGGUAGACGCGGGUGUAACUCGCACAUGGUAUGGCGACUAUGUGUUAACGAGGCUUUGUGACCAUCUUCUUUCAUGUAGAUUACUGCCUUCUCCUCAGUUUUCACUAUAUUAAUUGAUUGUUUUGUUAUAUCCAUGUAAAUUUUUCUCAAAGAAAUCACACGACGAUCGUGUAAUAAUGUAUGUUUUCUCCCUUGCAA